UUCUGUUCUGGAGAUUCGCUCUUGUCGGACGUAUUUUGUGCACGUGUGUUAAGCUCUUUAUAGGCCAGAAAGCCAACCCAACAUGAACUCCCUUCUCGGCAGCGAAGAAUUCUCCAUGAUGAGAAGCCUCGCGGACGAAGCCAGAUUCUUCGUCUACGCCUACAACACCACGACCCUCGUCACCACAGCAGGCUUGGCUUUGGGAAUUUUCUUCAUCAUUACGGCGUUGGUCCUGUACUUCUAUUACUACUCAUCUACGACCGGAAGGGAAGGAGGACAGUGGGAGUACUCAGGUAACGACUACAGCAGGUACGACUACGUAGCAGACAUUCUGGGCUACUUGGAGAAAGCUUUCAUCGACUACGGCGUGGAGCAGGAGGAGUGUCGUCGGCGCCUGGUGUGUGAAGCUCACCUGCCAAACGCUCACCUGGUCAACAAGCCCAUCGUGGACACGCUCACCCAUCUCGUGAGCCAAGUGACAGACGAGGACGUGGCAGCAGCAAACGCCCAUGACGCCGCCGCCGCACAGAACCUACAGCUGGCAGCACGGCACGGCCUAGACGAACAGGGGUGCCAGGCGUACGAGCAAGCGUGUCCACAUGUCGCGCUAUCAAGUGCAGUUCACAACGUGCGCUAAAAGGAAAGAAAUAUAGAAAAAAAUACAGCAAUCGUUGUAUCUGCCACCUAGGUCAUCAUCAUAUCAUAUCGCAGUCACAAGAAGACUGUUAUAAAAUAGAUAUUUUUUUUUUUACUUGAUCGACCUCGUCAUUUUAAUCACAAAACCAAAAUAGGGAUAUUAUACACGUGCAGUAUAUGUAUCUGUAUGACAGCUUUCCUACAACAGACAUAUGAUGAUUGACGAUAAGAAAUAAUAAAUAAUAAUUAACAAAAGAAUUCCAGGUUGAGUUCAAAGCGUUAUAAAUGCAUUUUUAUUUUGUCAGUUCGUUCCAAGAGUCAAAGCCUUCCCAUGCACCUUUUUUCUCUUCUCCCUCACCCCCCCACCCAUUCUCCCCC